AUUUUACGGGCUUUUUGUCUUCGAUCCGGUUUUUAACCUUUAUGGAUCUUUAAAUUUUGGAUUCUUUUAGCUUGUUUGGGAUUUUCGAUCUGAGGAAGAACAUAAACUGAUCAAGAAACGUUGCCUGUCUACCUCGACAUAUUGCCUGCCUGGGAUUUAAAUUAUCACGUGUUCCAAACGAGGAGGAUUUUUUAAUAUCAGAAUUCAUGUUGAAUUGAUUGUUUAAGGAAUUUCAAGAUGAGCAAGGAAAGGCCGAAGAGAAAUAUCAUUCAAAAGAAAUUCGAUGACAAUGAUGGGAUUCCCUGGUCAGAGGAGCGAGUGGUACGCCGGGUGCUCUACCUCUCGCUUAAAGAGUUCAAGAGAGCACAAAAGGGAAAGGCUGACAAUAGCACAGGAAUAAUAAAACGGUCCUUCGCGAAUGGCCAUCUCAAUGGGUCAGGAGUGAAACCAGGACUUUUUUCCAGCAGCUGUAAAGCCGAGAGGCCCAGACGCUCGACUCAGAUCGACAGCGAAUUCUCAGGAGAAGGGCCCGUGAGAAAGAGACCAAGGCUGCAAGCACAGAGGAAAUUUGCCCAGUCUCAGCCGAGCUCACCCAACGCCACUCCAGUAAAACUUUUGGAGGCCAUUCCACCCACUUCUAGCCUUCCUCCCAGCGAUCUCACCAAGUGCAAACCCAAAACAGAGGACUUUCUGACCUUUCUGUGUCUAAGAGGUUCUGCUGCGUUGCCCAGCAACAUGAAGUACUUUGGGAGUGCACGGGCUGAAGAAGCAGAUGAGGAGGAAGAAGAUGACGACAACCAGCUAACCGAACAGGUUGCCUCUAAUUCCCUUACUUCCAGUCAGGUCACUCCACGCAAGAACAAAGCCCAGAGCGGAGUUGUCGCAAACGGACACGUACUAAAUGGGUAUUCCCGGGCCACAGGUGAACGAGAAAGGAGUCUAAGGGUCAGGGGAAAAGAAGGCGCCCAAGGGAAGGACAAACGUCCUGAAAUGACCAGGGCUUCAAGCACACAUAAUCUACGACCCAGCAAGCCUGUACUGCAACAGAAAAAACAGCACCAUAUAAUUCACCGGCCCCAGCGAGCCUCUACAACCAACAGCCGGAAAGCGCGGAAGGAAGAUUUGCGACCGCUCUCUUUGACCAAAGCUGUGAAAUACCCGAAGGGCCAUGUGACCUACACCAAAGCCAGACUGCUAAAAGAGGCCAAGCUCGAACUGAGUGCACCCAGGCGGCACAUGAACUCACAAAACCACAACACACAAUUUCAGCACACUAACUCAGGAAAAACCCAACCUGGCCCCAGCAGGACACACAAACAGGUGCUAUUGUCAUUUGCAGCGAGACGAAAUGGACUGCGACAGUCGAAGAGGCAGCUGGAAAUGGCGGCGGUUAGUGCUAGCCAAGCAGGGAAAGAGGUGUCGGUCAAAAAAAUGAAAGUGCCGGUCAUUCCAAAGGACACGCGGAGCAGGAGAGUAGCUCAGCAGGCAACACAGUCUGCCAGAAGAAUGGAACUGCGAGCAAAGGGUGCUAAGAGACCUAAACGGGCUUCUGCUGGGACGUUCAUUCUGAAAUGGACACAACGUAAAGCCACAACUCGGGGCAAGAGCGGCCCCGCUACCUCAGCAAUUCCUCCCACCAGGGUUGCCCCAAAACUAGUCACAAUUCCUAAACCAGCCAGAUCAACCAGACCCAACAAGCCCAACAAAACAACCAACCCUCCUGACCCUGGUGACCCUGAUGACAUAUCCAAACCUCCUAAACCAGCAGAGACUAAAGUCGCUCAGGACAAGGAGAGAGGCAAACGUGCUGCUGUAGAUGAGACAAUAGAGAUGACAGAGGUCUCCGUGUUUCACCCGAGCCCACGUGAGUUCCAUGACCCACUGUCAUUUGUAGAACUGGUACGUGAGCGCACCGAGCCGUUCGGCCUCUUCCGAGUGGUUCCACCUGCUGGUUGGCAGCCCGAGUGCAAGUUGAAAGAGGAGUUGCGCUUUGUCUCACAUGUACAGCAUGUGCACAAGCUAGGCCGCCGUUGGGGUCCCAAUGUCCAGCAGCUUGCCUGCAUCAAGAAACAUCUGCGUACUCAAGGCAUUAACAUGGAGGAGCCACCACUAAUAGGGGGCUGUGAACUGGAUCUAGCCCGCUUCUUCCAGCUCUUAAACGACAUGGGCGGCAUGCAGCAGGUGACGGACCUUAAGACGUGGGGCCGUUUGGCCGACCUGCUGGGCAUCCCACGCUCUGCCCAGGAUCGACUGGCCAAGUUGCAGGAGGCCUAUUGCCAGUACCUGCUCUCCUACGACUCGCUGUCCCCAGCGCAGCAGGCACAGCUAGAAAAAGACAUCCUGACCGAGAAGGAGAUCCUUGAGAAGAGGUACGGGCCCCUGGAGGGCCAGGCGGACACGUCCCAGCAUGCAGCUCUGCUUUUGCCACGUUGCGAGCCCAAAAAUGGCCUGGUAAAUGGAGCUCUGCAUCGGAGUGGUGUGCGUGAGCGCCUCCGAGAGCUCGACCCCAUGUCCAGGACUAGCCGCCAGACACGGCAGGAGAAAAGAGAAGAAGAUGGCGUGCUGAGUGAGCUGCACAAGUGCAUAUACAAGGGAAAAUCGUUCUCUUUAAUGACGUUCUACCGGGCAGCCAGGAACACUAUGAAUAUGUGCUUUAGCACUGAGCCAGAUACGGUUGAAGUAGAGAAAGAGUACUGGAGACUAGUGGAAGAAAAAGAAUGCCAUGUUGCAGUGCACUGUGGGCGAGUGGACACUAAGACUCAUGGGAGUGGAUUUCCUGUAAGCAAGUCCGAGCCAUUUUCAAAGCACGGAUGGAAUCUCACUGUCCUUUCCAAUAACUCAGGAUCCAUCUUGCGUCAUCUUGGUGCUGUGCCAGGAGUGACCAUCCCCUGGCUGAACAUUGGCAUGGUGUUUUCUACCUCAUGUUGGUCAAGGGACCAGAAUAGCCUUCCAUAUAUAGAUUAUCUACACACUGGUGCUGAUUGCAUUUGGUACUGUAUUCCUGCCACUGAGAAGUCAAAACUUGACAAAGUGGUACACACACUACUGCAAGCCAAUGGAACCCCAGGACUCGAGAUGCUGGAGAAGAAUAUCAUGAUCUCUCCAGAGGUGCUACGUCGAGCGGGGGUAAAAGUGCACCGGACAGUGCAGCAGAGUGGCCAGUUCAUGGUGUGUUUCCCUGGUACUUUCGUGUCCAAGGUGUGUUGUGGCUACAGUGUGUCUGAGACAGUGCAUUUUGCCACAGCUGAGUGGAUGAAACUGGGCUACGAGGCAGCAAAGGACCUGAAGAGAAAGCGCAUAGAGGAGCCGUUCUCCACAGAGAAACUUCUCUGUCAGAUAGUCAUGUCUGAAUCCAGGCACAAAGACAAACAGUUUUUGAGUGCAGCUUCCCCUCUCAUUGUGGAGCUCAGGGACACAGAGAUUAGCCAGCGGCGGCAGCUUUUUAAUGCCGGUCUCAGGCUAUCUGCACGUUAUGGAAACCAGCCUGACAGCCAGGUGUCCUUAGAGAGGAAGAGAAUACAGCGUACCAGGCUGAGCGAAGACACCGCCGACCGACGCUGCCAGGUGUGCCAGCACCUCUGCUACCUCUCUAUGGUGGUUCAUGAGAGUGAUAACGUGGUGUUCUGUCUGGAGUGCGCUCUUCGCUAUAUCCAGAAGCGCAGGUCCCCUCGAGGGCUAAAAAUGAUGUUUCGUUACACUGAGGAGCAGCUGGACAGUUUGGUCAGUCAGGUGUGUGGAAAAGUGUCAGAAAGGGCUGGUGAGAAGCGGAAAGCGGGUAACCCCAGUACUCCACCAACAAAACGAAGUCCUCGAAACAGGAACCCAAGCCAGGUCUCCAACUCACGCUCGGCCUUGAAAAACACUCCCCGCUCCUGACCAAACUGUUAAAUCAUUCCUUUUUUCCCUCUCAACGUCACAAUUCGUGCUGGCUAUCCAGUCCUGUUCCACAUGCCAUGUUCCUGUAACCUUUUUACCAGUGAGGAGGAAGAACAUUAAGAACAUGGUUAGCAAGGAGACAUGCUGUUUUAGGACACUUUUGUACUUGGUAUUCAUAGUUAUGGAAAGGUAUCGAAAGUGAAUUGAAUGUAUGGGAUAUAAAGUGUAACAUAUAGUUAGGUAGUACAAACAGUUACUGGGGACAUCUGAUAGAAGUGAGACUGAGAAGCCUGAUCACGCACGGAUAUCUUUUUGCACUAGUUCUGAGAUUGCUUUUUUUGUUUUUUAGAAUAUUUUUGAGUUGUUUGAGCGUUCAAUCAAAUAUAAAUAUACAUAGAUAUGAAUAUAUCCUAUUCUGUACCUACCAUUUGUGUUGAACUGGUGCUGUAGUGUCAAAUCUUCCACAAACCCUUCUAGGCUUUUUUGGGGGUUCCUUGGGCUCACCUAUAUAAGCAGUUUUAUUUAAACAUCAAUAUUACA